AAUCAUUCCCUGGGCACUCUCCGAAAUAUUUCAAAUCGUGUUUAAUUGCUUACAUCCCACCAGAGGCGCUGCAAACAGAUGAAUUUUGACAGAAAUUGGUUUAAAUUUAAAAUUCACAUCCGUCCGCAUCUAUGGUUCGUGUUCGCCGGGUAUUCACAUUGUGAAGAUGACUAGUUUUGCGUAGUAGUGAGUGUUUUUGGGAUUGUUUGAACAUUUUGUGGUUGCAGUGAUUUUGCUUCUUUGAUAAUAAUAUCAUAGCUUAAUUUUAUUGAUAGUCAAAAUUCGACAAAGGGGCCAUAGGAAUAUUAACCCUACAGUUUUGGAUUUCCAAAGUUAUUAUAAAAGCCUUUUGGUGACUGGUAUGUCUUUCAAGCAGUCUGUUGGAAACAACUGUGAAGAUGAUCAAUCAGAAUUAUUCUUCACAUUACAAAGACUUAUAUCGCAGGGACUUCUAGAAGAUGAGGUCGUUACACUUCCGCAGUUCACACAAAUACCUGCAAAUUUAUCCACUCCUUUAAAACUUACAGAUCUGGUGUUUGCAUUACAAACACUUGCUAAAAAUGUCACAUUAACUCCAUGUUUUCAUGACGACAACAUGGAAAGGCAUAUUUUUUCAUAUUUAUUAAAAAUACAGGCAUAUAAUUAUUGCGCGCAAAUAAACAGAAUAUCAAGGGGUUUAGAUAUGAGACAUAUCCCUGCACAUGCGUCAAAAAUGUUUAUUUCUGCUAGAAAAAUUUACCAGGCUAGCAUUAGGCGACGCUGCAUUUUAGGAAUUUUGAAGAGUUUUCAGCUUGGAGGACCCAAGAGAAUAGGGAAGUAAAUUAUGCUUGCCGUACACGAAAAAAAUAUCAACACGGUGAAGAAAAAAUUUUUUAUGAGUAUAACAGGAGUAAUUACAAAGGUUGUGUGUUUACUAAUAUGUGAGUAGUCAUAUAAUGUCUCAUAUUUUUAAGAGGAUUUGUCAGCUCAGCUAAAAAACGAAGUGUGAAAACUGUAGGUAGUAUUCAUAUUCAUGGGACAUGUCCUUCAAGAAUUGUAGUUAACAUUUCAACUGAGAAUAAAUAAUAUUAUAAUAUUAUUGUUAUCUACAGAUGAACUAUAUUUUUUUAGGAUUUGUGACGGUAAAGUUUGUCGAAAAACAUGUAAGACACAUUGAUGAACUAAGGACCAAGAGAUUAUCAAAAACUGAACAGGAGACUAUUGUCCAAAAAACUAAGUGCAGGAGUUUCAAAUAAUAGAAUAAUUGUAGAUUCACGAAUAAUUCAAAAUGAUCAUUUGCAGAGAAUAAACCUUGUCACGAGAGGAGAUUUGGCAUACUUAAUCAGGAAAUUUAAAAUUGUUAAGAGGAGAGAUGCAGAUGACAUGAUAGCAGUAGCACUACAAGUUGAGGAAUGGAACAGGCAAGGAAAAAAUCAUGCGUUUUUAUUCAAGAAAAGUGUGUGUGUUAAAGCAAUAUAAAUUCCUUGGUAAUUUGCUUUAUGGUGAAGGUGGGAGAGAUUUGCUUUCAUUGUAGUUGAGAGUUUUUCUGGGUUAAAUGAUGGAAAUUUUGCAAUUGGGUAUAUGAAUGGUAUUAUGGAGAAAAAGCUUCAAGCUUUUAGUCAAGUAAUUUGUAUAGAUGGAACACAUGGAACAAACAAGAAAAAUCUGGAUUUAACUAUAGUAUUGGUUAAAGAUGAGCAAUUCAACAAAUAUUUUUUAAUGCUUCACAGGUUAGACUAGGGGAAACAGUAAAGGCUGAAUACAUAAUACACAAUGCUUGGUGCCAAGUGAUGGGUACAAGCCAGAAACCUAGAAGACUUCUUUGUACAUGGCAUGUUAUCAAAAAUUGGAAUAUUCAAGAAUCCAGAUGUAAAAAAACAAAAUAUGAAAAAAGAAAUGCGAAAAAUACUAAGAGAAACAGAUCUUGCGAUGUUUAUGGAACUAAAAGAUAAUUAUUUGACCCAUUUAAAAGAAGGAGGGGAAAAUGAUUUUUUAGAUUUUUUAAAUUAUUUGCAAAGGUAUUACUUUCAAAAUAAAGACAGGAUUCAAAUGUGGGCUCAUUGCUAUAGAAUUAAUGCUGGGAUAAAUACAAGCAUGGCUAUUGAAAGUUUAAAUAAAGUACUAAAAUAUAACAAAAUCAAUGGACAGCAUAAUCUUAGAGUGGAAAAAUUAUUGGAUUUGUUGGAAGAGCUUGUGGAUGAAAAGAUGUGGAAAAAGAUUGUUAAUAUGGAAAGACCAAGUGCCAAUAGCUACCGACAUAAAAUUACCCUAGAAGCUCAUAAGAAAGCCGAAGAGAUGUUUGAUAAGGUAAACGUUUCGAGUAAUAGUAAUUUUAAGGCUCAAUCUGGUUCAGUAAGUAAUAAACAUUAUUUUGUAUCCUUUAAUGAGGAGCAAACAUAUUAUCCUAAUAAAAAGUAAUAUAAGUAUUUAUAAACCUUUCAUUUUCAUAUAUUUUAUUUUUUAGAUAAUUGCAUACUUUAAUCAGUGUUUUAUAUAUUGCAUAGUUUUAAAUUAAUAAAUAAUAAUUGUAUGAUAUAAGAUGUAAAUAAAUUUUAUUGUCAUAUUUUAUAAGUCAAUUUA